CGCCCCGCACGGUUCCAAUCUGGUUCUAGGGCCGGCCGGCCGAGCCAGCAAUCGACGAUGGGGAAGAACCAGGCGUACAAGGCGAUGCAGCGGGCGCGGCUGGGCUCGUCCUCCUGCGCCCCCGGCGAAGGGGAGGAAGACGGCAUGACGGACGGUUCAUUUCAUUCUCCAGAGUGGCACGCGGCGCGCUUGGCCAGCCUCAACAAGACCCACACCCUCACGUGGGAGGAGUUCAAGAAGAAGCAGAAGGUAUGCGCGGCCUCGGUUUGCUCUCUGCUGCCUUUGUUGGCGGAUUUUAGUUUGUUCACUCUGUAAUUUUGUGCGUCCUGGUCAUGGUUUUAUCCAUGCUGUUGU